CUUAUUACAUAAAUUACUGUUAAAAGGUUGAUUUAGGUGAAUGUAGUGUAAUUAUUAAUCCAUAAUAAAUUACAUAACUACCUUUUGAAGAGGAAAAAAAGCGGACAACCUCCUGUUAGUUUGUAUUCUGGAUCUUCGCAUUUGAAUUUACAUCUGAGUUGUUUUGUUUCUAGUAAAAAUGAGUACUAUUGUUAGCGAACUUAGCAUGAACGACUUAAACAAUAAAUUUUUCGAAAUAAUGCAAAGCGAGAGCAAUGCAGAGGAGGCAGCAAAUUUUAUUUACGAUAGCGUUUUUGACGAUGUUACUGUGGGAUUUCUCUUUGAAUUCCACCACGGCCUUAAAACUGGCUUAUCAGAUCUGCUGGAAGGUGAAAAGGAAGAUGAUGAUGUUUACAAAAUAGUGAAUACACCAGAAUGUGAUGUUUUUGGUUUUUCUAUCAUGAAAAAGACUCCGGACAGCAACUGCUCCUGCCCGAAUUGUGAGCGGCCAGUGUCUGCUACCAGAUUUGCACCUCAUUUGGAGAAAUGUAUGGGCAUGGGUCGCAACAGUUCUCGUAUCGCCUCGCGCCGCAUCGCAUCAAACAGCCGGGAACCGACCUCCUACGCUGGACUACUGAGCGACGACGAAGAUGACGCCGACUGGGCAGGCGGUUCGCUGCAGAGCGAGCGCCGCAAGCGAAGGAUCAAGAACAACAACAACCGCAAACCAAACAAACUGCACAAUGGCAACAACAGGAACAACAAUGGUAAUCAGAGUACAGACGCCGACGGUGGCGCCACCUACGAGACGAUGACGGCAAAUGAAAAGAAGAACUUGUUGCUUCAAAUCUGCGGAGUGGUGUCUGAACACACUAAGAAGCUUUGCACCAGGUCUACACGUUGCCCUCAACACACUGAGGAACAGAGACGCUUGCUCCGCAACACUGUCCUGGAACCGUCCACGCCAGAGUCCGCGAGCAUGACGGGUGCGGACGAGGCGGGAUCACCCCCAGACUCUAGCCCUUCUUCCUCUUGCUCAUCUUCGAGCCGCAAGCGCGACAGGCACCGCCCCCCGCCCAAGAUGAAGAACAAACGCGAGCGCGUAUCGCCCAACGAUAGGGACUAACUUGUUGCCAUCGAGAUCGAAGCCACCAUUUCAAAACAUGGAGAUGUCCUCGAACCGCAAGCGCGACAGACACCGCACACCGCGACAGUUUCUCAGGAGUUACUUCCGAAUAAAUUUAAAUACUACAGUUUAAGUUUGAGAAAAUCAUGCCAGAAGGCCUGUAAUAUAGUUGUAAUGCCAACCCCAUUGUGA